AUGUUAAAAGUUGCGUAUGUGUUUUUGUGCUUCAUUUUAAGUGGAAGCUUAAUUUCAGGACAAGAAAACAUAGGUGAUCCAUGCGAAGUCGAAGAGUUAUUUGGCAGUCCUGGCACCUGCAAGCUUGAUUAUUUAUGCGAUUAUGCAGACAAAUUGAUUAACGAGGAGAAGAAGAGACCGACUUACUGCUACCUGGAUACUAAAGUGAGCAUAGUGUGCUGCCCAAAUCAUCUCUAUGUUACGGGAGUUCUUGGUAGAGCCUUCUUAGAUUCACAAAACGGCAAAAUCACGUCGAAUGACAUUGAAUGCCGUUAUAAUGGUAACUUGCCGUUGAUAUGCUGCAAACGCGAGCCUAUAAGUAACCGUAGCCCCAUAACGGUCGUGGGGCGUUUGUCUGACACCUGUCGAGAUAAGAGCACUCAGGCAGCGUGCAAUGCAUGCUACGCAAAUGCUCAACCAGUCGAGGAUUCAAUAUUUUGUCCCCAGAACAAUGCCCUCAAAAUAGCAGGAGGGGAGCCCGCCGAAAUCGAAGAAUUUCCACAUAUGGUAAUCCUGGGGUGCAGGAAUAAAAAAAAGAUAGAUCCAAACGAAAAAGAUAUUGCUUGGGUGGGCGCCGGUUCGCUAAUAAGUUCAUCCUUCGUUCUGACAGCAGCCCACGUCCUCCACGAGCCCUCUUAUGGUAAAAUUGAAUUCGCGUUGCUAGGAACCACUAAUAAGUCUGACAUAAGAUCGGGAGUUUUGCGUUACGUCGUACGAACGCUACAACACAAGCAGUAUGAGACAGGUUCGCACUACAAUGACAUUGCCUUGGUGGAGCUCGAUUACGAAGUCGGUUACUCGAAGUUCAUACGGCCUGCUUGCCUUCCGGUACCGGGAGUCGCGCCUGAUGAUUUACCGAAGUCGAUGAUUGUAGCCGGGUGGGGAAGAACUGGCCAGAAUUUGAAUACUUCGAUUUUACUUAAGAAGGGUGAAAUGAAUAUUUUAGAAACAAGGGAGUGCAGGAAGAAUGUAAAAGCAAGAAACUUCAGAUGGGAUUCAAACACUAUGCUCUGUGCCAGGUCCCCUACAGCUGACACAUGUAGCGGCGACAGUGGGGGUCCAUUAAUGGUUCCUUUGAACAUGACGUCUAGACUUUGUGGACAUUUUGUCACUGGUAUAGUUUCCUGGGGUUCGGUAUGCGGGUUAAACAAAGUUGGUAGCUACACGAGAGUCUCGAACCCUGACUAUCUCAAGUGGAUAAUCAGUACAGUGUGGCCUGAACCCAAAAGAGCGCAACCAUAG